UUGAAAGUCAACAUUAUCGAUCUAAACAUGUAAACAUUUACAUUAAUACUUGUAGAGUAAUCAGUAACCUAAAUAGUGAUUUUCAAGCUACCCACUCUUAUUAAGCCAAAUAAGGAUUAAGCCACACCACUGAUUAACACACAUGAGACGACAAAACUGGAAGAUCUUAAGCUUACAAUGAAACAUUGACUGGACAACUAAUGAUCAACCAUGAAAGCCAUUGAUUUGCGUGAUGUAUCGAUUCCUUUCAAGACAAUCAAAGCUAAUUUUCAUAUUUCCUCUUACUUCAGUUACAUUGUCUCUUUUCAUCUGGACUUUUAUUCCUAUUCGCUUGUUUACUCCUGAUUACAAUGGGAUCAACAAUCAUGGAUUAGACAACAAUUAUGAAUACUUGAAUCACACGGGUGACUGGAUAUUUGGUGAUUUUAUUAUCAGGAACAGUGGCCGAUGUCCACAAUUUGGAUUGGCUACAAUAGUUUUACUCAUCCAUAGUGAUCCAGUCAACAUAGAGAGUCGAAACCUUUUACGCCAUUAUACACCGGGAAAUUAUUGUUUCACCUUUCUAUUAGGAUCUCGUGACAAUGCAACCAAUCAACAGAUUGCCAAGGAAUCCAAACAAUUUGGAGACAUUGUUCAAGGAACUUUUCUGGAUUCCUAUCGAAAUUUGACAAGAAAACAUAUAAUGGGUCUAACUUGGGCUGCUUUAUACUGUCCAUUGGCUUCAUUCAUUCUUAAGAUGGAUGAUGAUGUCCUUCUCAAUUAUACCUUCAUCAGUGAUUAUCUUGAUUCUCAGUUUCCAUCUUAUUCAAUGGAUCCAUUUCUGGUUCGAACUCCAAUUAAAAUGAUCAUUGGUUACGUGAUGCCCAGAUCACCAGUGAUUCGUGAUAAAACAAGCAAAUGGUAUGUCGAUUCAAGUGAAUAUGGUGAUGAUUUUUACCCCACAUUUGUCUCUGGUUGGGGUUAUAUAACGUCCAUCGAUGUGAUUCACUUACUUCUCAAUCAAAUAAAAGACACUCCGAUGUUCUGGAUUGAUGAUAUUUAUGUAACUGGAAUGCUUCGAUCCAAAUUAACGGACAUUUACUUUUACUCCAUAAACCAAUUUUUCAACAUUAAUCUAGAUACUGUACGAAAUUGGACUCGAUUGAAGCAUAAUCAUGUUUGGCCUUACAUGGUUAGCGUUUCUUCUAAAGACUUGUUAAGUAUCAGCUUGGAGCGUUACUCCUACUGUGAUAAACACAAAAAACACUGUGACUGCUGUCUUACAUGGUUGGAUCCAUUUGACAAGAAAAAGACAGAACCAAUGGAAAGAUCAGAUCUGGUUCCAUUGAAAUCUGCCGGAGAAAUCGCUGAAUUACAUAUUAGAUAAAGGUUCAACUACGAAUAUCAGAGAUUAAUGUGAUUCAUGAAAAAACUGAUGUUCCCUCCUUUAUGGUUAAAUGUUGAGAUUAUUUGUUUUUUAUAAUACUUGACUUUUUUUUAUAAGAUAAUUUAUCGGUGGUAACAGUAAGUUAAUCAAUGUCAAUCAGCAUUCAUUUAUUUCAUUUAACUUUAUCAUUCCUCUCUUUCACUAUCUAUCUUCCUCUCACUCAUCAUCAUUUUAUCAAUUAGUCUUUUUCAUCCACCUAAUGUUGUGCAGUUUAUAUUCAACCAAACGUAAUACAAUGAAACAUCAUUAACAAAUAAACCGAUAACUAUGAUUA